AUGGCCAAAAUUACAGAAGAUAACAGAAAGCCAACAAUUGAAGAAUGUUCAUCAGAUGAAGAGACAACUAAUAAUAGUCAUGGACAUUCUCAUUCACAUAAUGAUCAUGGUCAUUCCCAUUCACAUAAUGAUCAUUCACACUCACAUGGACCAACUCCACAACAAAAACAACAACAACAACAACAACAACAACAAAAACAACAACAACAACAACAAAAACAACAAUCACAUGGACAUUCACAUGGAGAUGGUGGAUCAUGCGGACAUUCACACGGAAGUGAUGAACCAGAGAAACCAAUUAAUAAGAGUAAAACAGCAAUUAAAUUCUUUAUAUUAUUUUUAUUAGUACCAUUAUUUUUCAGUUUACCAUUCAUUUUGAAGAGAGCAGGUGAAAUAGUGGCCAAUAAUAGAGUUUAUUUAAUUUACAUUUGGGCAUUAUAUGCAGUGGUAUUGACAGCCGUUAUCUAUAUGAAGAGACAUUUACAAUCAAUUAAUAAUUUCGUUAAUCAAAAUUUAAUUUGGGUCAUCUUUACAUUGGGUAUCUUUAUAUUCUUGGAUAUUCCAAAGAUGAUUCAACAAGUUGACCUUCGUACAGAGGUACUCUACGUUUGGUGUACAAUCACUAUGAUUCCAAAUAUCAUCUUCUUCUUCUUUGAUGAUACCGAUCAUAAAACCAAUGAACGUUUAGAAGAAGAAAAAGAAGAAAGAAAGAAAAAGAAAGAAACUGAAAAACGUGCCCGUUUAGAAGAGAAAAAGAAAGCAAAGAUCAAGGAGAAAAUGAAGAAAUACUCUCCAACUCAAUUACGUUUAAUGAAUGCUGCCGUUUAUCUUGGUAUCACCUUAUUAGUGGUUUUAUUAGGUUGGCAAACUUAUCGUUGGUACUUAAAAACUCAACAAAAUAUCAUUGAUAGAAAUAGACAAGCAACUCAACAAUCUGAUUAUGUUGGUAAAAAUGAUUUCGAUAUUGAAGGUUAA